AUGAGACCCGGCCUCAUUAGCCUCCUCGUCGGCAUCCUAAAUACCCCCGGCCUCAUAAAUGCCGCCCUCAAUACCCCCCUCACCGUUUCUGGCCGCUGGAUCCUCGACUCUACCGGUGCGCGCGUAACAUUCGCGGGCGUAAACUGGCCCGGCGCCGGUGAGGCCAUGAUUCCCGAAGGACUGCAGUAUGCCUCGGUUGCCUCGACAAUAUCAAAGAUUAAGUCUAUCGGGAUGAAUGUGAUCCGCCUAACGUUCCCCAUUGAACUCGUCGAUGAUAUCUACGCCAAUGAUGGCGAUACUACAGUCCUAGCCUCGCUUAUCAAGGCUCUGGGCGUUACGAAUGGAACGGAUGUCUUCAACCAGAUCGUAACCAACAACCCAUUAAUCACGAAUACGACAACCAGAAUGCAAGUGUACGACCUCGUUGCCGCUGAAUGCGCAGCCCAAGAUGUCUACGUGCACCUAGAUAACCAUAUCUCCAAAGCAAUGUGGUGCUGCUCCACCACUGAUGGCAACGCCUGGUUUGGGGAUACGUACUUCGAUGUGGACAACUGGAAACGCGGGCUGCAGUAUAUGGCCUCCCAUGCGGCGUCCUGGGAGACGUUCACGUCUAUCGGGUUGCGAAAUGAACUGCGACAGCCGGCCAGCGCAAACCCCAGUUAUCCGUACAACUGGGAAACGUGGUAUAGCCAAAUGACUGAAGCGGCAGACCUGGUGAACGCUGCGAAUCCGGACGCGUUGAUCUUUCUCUCGGGCCUGAACUACGAUACAACUCUUGCGCCGAUCCCGACUGGGAGCGAUCUGGGUGAGGGGACGAGAUUCUACCUUGAAGAUUUCAGUUACGCUGAUAAACUGGUGCUGGAGUUGCACAACUACGAUACAGGCGCAUCGAGCUGUGCCAAUCUCUCCGGCGCCCUCUGGAACGGGGGGUUCAAGGCGCUCGAUACGAACAGUUCCGACAUCGUUAACAUCAUGCCCGUCGUCCUGACGGAGUUCGGUUUCGCGCAGGAUGAAACGACAUGGCAGAGUGUCUAUGCUUCGUGUAUUAGGGAGUGGAUUCCCCAGCAGCAGGCCGGCUGGAUGGUUUGGACCAUUAGUGGGAGUUACUAUAUUCGCUCCGGAGGCCAGGACUAUGACGAUACCUGGGGGAUACUCGAUCACACUUGGUCAGGCUGGCGGAAUGAGGAGGCAAUCGAGCAGGGAUUGAGGGUCAUGGUGGAGGCUUCGCUUGAAGCCUAG